AUGUUCAACUUCAACUUCUUCAAAUCCGCCCCGGCUAACGAGCCCGCCACUGACGGCUGGAAUGCCAACACCGUCACCAUGCAGCCCACUAGCCCCGCUGCCCCUUCAAGCAGCCAAAGCAACCAAAAUGUCAUCUCCGAGCAGCCGGCCAGCCAAGAACAAAUGCAGCUGCGCGGUGGUGGCGGCGGUGGUGUCUGCUGCGGAGUUUGCGCCGGUAUUGCUUGCUUCGAGUGCUGUGAGAUUUGCUGCUAG